AUGGAAUCGGCGUCAGCUAAGGGAGAUUAUUUGAAUAUCUUGAUAGUUGGGGCUGGGAUUGGAGGCUUGACGGCAGCAAUCGCGCUGCGAAAACAGGGCCAUGAUGUUCAGGUAUUUGAACAGUCAGCUCUUGCACGCGAGACUGGAGCAGCAAUCCAUCUGGCUCCAAACGCUAAUGGUAUUCUGCGGCGACUGGGGAUUUUCGCCGAGACGUUCGGCGCGAACCCCAUGGAAAGAGUAAUGAAGUACUCUGCAACAGGAGAUACGGAGAGGUCGAUGGACCUUAGAGAGACGAACAAGAUGAGCAGCCAGUCAUUCUUACUGACUUGUCUCCAGCCUUGGUUACUUGCUCACCGUAUCGAGUUGCACAAUCAACUGAAAUCUGCCGCAACAAAUCCACACGCGACGGGGAAGCCAGUGACAUUACGCUUGUCCAGUAAAGUCAUUGACAUUCAACCGACUACCGCGAGCAUCACGCUCGAGGACGGAAGCCAGUUCCACGGUGAUGUGGUCCUAGGAGCAGAUGGUGUGCAUUCUGUUGCAAGGAAGCAAGUCCCAGGAGGCAACGUCGAGCCAUUCUCCUGUGGUAAGAGUGCCUAUCGAUUUCUGGUGCCCAAGAAGGCUGCGCAAGCAGAUCCAGCAACACGGCAGUUUGUCGAGACGCCCGGAGAGCUGUCGAUCUGGUAUGCAGAAGACCGCCGAAUCAUCAUGUACCCAACUUCGAAGAACAGCGUGCUGAAUUUCGUAUGCGUCCAUCCGGAGUCGGAGUCGGCGGCUGAGUCUGGCGACGGAUGGGAUCAGACGGGCGACCGUGAUAGGAUGCUGCAAAUCUACAGCUCAUUUGACCCAGCCGUACGAGCGCUCAUUGGCAAGGUUGAUCCAAAGACGGUCAAUGUGUGGACCCUGCUCGACAUGAAAGUUAUUCCAAGCUGGACGUACGAGCGCUUGGCUCUUCUGGGAGAUGCGGCACACCCAUUCUUACCCCAUCAGGGCCAAGGCGCAGGUGUUGCCAUCGAAGAUGCGGCCUCCUUGGCAGUUCUUUUCCCUCACGGCACUCCGCGGGAGGAAGUAGCCGACAGGCUGAAGCUCUAUCGGGAAAUCCGGUAUGAGCGAGCAAAUCGGAUCCAGGAAUUCUCGCGCAUGAUUGGGGAGAGCCGAGGAAAGAACAAGUUGGACAUGUACGGAUUCUCGCACUACAACUUUGGCCAUGAUGAAUGGGACAACUCAACGCAGAAACUCCGAGAGUGGACAUGGAAGAGGAACGCUGACGUCUAUUGGCGCAUGCCAAUAGCAUUCGGCCCCAUGCCAGGACCACGGCAGACCGUUUAUGGGGUCGCCAGGGACAGUACGCAGUCCACAUUCACAACAGCGUCUAUUAAGUUCAAGACAUCGCGAACUUUACUUCAAAACCUCUUUCCUCCCGGCCGCUCUGGAUGGAGUUUCAAGUCUCCUGGCACCGUAGCCUACGCGUCCAUCUCACAAACGACGCUAAACAAGAUGGAGUGGCUUGGUGGUUCAGGAUACAAGCACAUCGGUCUCUACAUCCAUGGUGUUGAGUAUGAAAAAAAGAACAAAGAAACUAUUAGCGGCUCGUACCUGCCGCUUCUUUUCGAAUCCUUGACUGACCCGAUUGUAUCCGGGCGAGAAGAGCUAGGAAUGCCAAAGCUGUACACAUCAGUAGAUGUGCACCGAAGGCAGACCUCGUAUCGGAUUAAGACCGGAUGGGAAGGGGCAACAUGGGGAGAGUUCAACUUGGAGGGACUACAAGAGGUAGAUUCGUCUUCGGAGAGUGGAGCGAUCAGUGGUGAGCGUGAUGACGGCAUCCUCGCAUACCGCUACAUGCCAACAGUUGGUCGGGAGAACAAAGGCAAGCCUGCCGAAGAGUACACAGUCUUCGAUGCAUCGAACGAUGUCACACCAAAACCCAAGCCUCAGCGAUUCUUCAAGGCGGCGAAGGCGACUUUCAAGAUAGAUGCACUGGAUUGGGAGGCACUGCCUACACUGCAUCAUAUAAUUUCUCGGCUGCAAGAGUUGCCCGUAUACGAAAUUGUUGGAGCGAAGGUAGUAGAGGGAGUGGGUGUUCCUGACGUCUCCACUGCUCGUCCCGUGGAAUGA